UCAAGAUUCAUCUAUAUCCAUCCCCGCCAUACUCUCUCUGUAUGUGUAUAUAUAAAUAUGAAUAUUUAUAAAAACCACGUCAAAUCUUAUUGUUAUCUGCGGAUAGCAUUUAUAACCCAGAAAAAUUUUUACCCAAAAGAGGAAAGUUUCAUGGACCUUGCCAUCUUAAUUAUACCGAAUAUAGUAGUAUUGCUGUAUGGUGCUCAAUUCCUCUCUUUCUUGGUUUCACUCCAUUUCAAUUAGUGUUGCUGUUAUUGUCAGAUUUUUGCCCAUUCCUCGUUUUCACCUUUUCCUUGUAUUCCUUCAUUCCCUCUUAUAGACCAUAGUCUUGGCCUUUUGAAAUCUCUUAAUUGAGUUCAAGAUUGGAUCUUUUACAGAUCUUUCACUUGAUCCUAAUAUAAUUUUUCUGAUUCAAGUUGUUCCAUUUGUGUUAAGAAAAAGGCCCAGGAGAGAAAUAAAACUGAUCCAUUCUAGCAAAUUUAGUUGAAUCAGUCCAAGAAAUACAAUAUAUUUGUCCAGAUAAUUAAGGGUAACUACUGUCGUCUCAGACUCAACUGGAAAUAACAAGGCCCAUAAUACUGAUAUUGGUGUUGGGAAACUUAGAAGAAAUGGCAUCAGUGUUUUUGUACCAUGUGGUGGGGGAUCUGACAGUGGGAAAACCUGAGCUGGUUGAGUUUGCACAGACAGAAACAGUGGAGGCUGCAAUUCGGGCCAUAGGGGAAUCCUCGGAAGGAGGAAUUCCCGUGUGGAAGAAGAGAUCACAGAAGAGUGUGAUUGAGAAUGCAGAAAUGAGGCAGCAGAGGUUUGUGGGCUUCCUGAAUUCCCUUGAUAUUGUGGCGUUCUUGGCCAGAGAGGAGUGUCUGGCUGAUCAGGCUACGGCCAUCAAGACACCGGUUUCCGAGGUCAUAAUUCACAACAAUUCAGAACUGAAGGUGGUUGAUCCUGGCACAAGAUUGAUAGAUGCUCUGGACAUGAUGAAGCAAGGCGUGAAGCGACUCCUUGUUCCCAAGAGCAUAGUCUGGAGAGGAAUGAGCAAGCGCUUCUCAUUUCUCUACAAUGGAAAAUGGCUCAAGAACAUUGACACCUCUAGUGCCAAUAACACAAAUCCUAUUGCCAACACUAACAUUCCGUCAUCAUCAUCUUCCACUUCCGCCAUCCAGGACAAGUUUUGUUGUCUGUCAAGAGAAGAUAUUCUACGUUUCAUCAUUGGUUGCCUUGGCGCGUUGGCUCCUUUACCUCUUUCCUCAAUUGCUUCUCUUGGAGUCAUCAAUCCAAACUACUGCUCCAUUGAAGCAUCUUGCCCAGCCAUUGAUGCCACCAAAAAGCUUCCCCAAGAUCCAUGUGCAGUUGCUGUUGUGGAGCCAACAUCAGAUGGUCAAUAUAACAUCAUUGGCGAAAUAUCUGCCUCUAAACUGUGGAAAUGUGAUUACUUAGCUGCAUCAUGUGCUCUGGCUAAUCUCUCUGCUGGACAGUUUGUUAUGGGGGUUGAAGAUAACAUGACGCCAAGAUCACUUCCUGAUAUUGCACUUAAUCAAAUGGUUGGGGAGACGAAUUUAGGUAAUGGAGGAAGCCCAACCAAGCCGAAAAAGUUCAGCAGUAGAAGUAUUGGGUUCUUUAGCAAUGCGGCCAACUCAAAUUUCGGGGGUGGUAGGAGCAUCUAUCGGGGUAGAAGUGCACCAUUGACGUGUAAAGUGACUAGCUCGCUGGCUGCAAUAAUGGCUCAAAUAUUGUCUCACCGGGCAACACAUGUUUGGGUUACUGAGGCUGAAAACGACGAUAUAUUAGUUGGUGUCAUGGGUUAUGCUGAUAUCAUGGCUGCAGUAACCAGACAAUCGGCUCCUGCCGUUUCUGAAAGCCAGCCAUCUUGAGUUUUUGCCAGCCCAUAUUUUGUAAGAAUUUCGGAAUGGUGGGGUGUUUGUGUUUGUGUAUCCAUUUCAUUGAUUUGUCUUGUUAAUGUUACAAGGAAAUUGUGUGCAUGUCAUGAAUGUGAAUUGUGACAUUAUACCAUACUUUUUCUCAAAUUUUCUUUAAAGUUUCUGUACAAUUUAUAACUCAAAAUUGACUGAACUUAAUGAAUCAAAACUUUUUUC